AUGACGUUCUCAAAGCCCACCCUGAUCUUCUGCCCUGGGGCUUGGUACCCGCCUACGGCUUUUGAGCCCCUGGCGGCCCACUUCCCCGAGCACACCACCCAUACCAUCGCCUUCCCCUCGAUCCACCAGGCCACCAGCACCAAAGACCUGCAGCCCGAUAUCGAGGCGCUCCGGACCCUGGUUGAGCAGGAAGCCAGCGCGGGAAAGGACAUCGUCAUCAUCUCGCACAGCUGGUCCGGGCUGCCCGUGAACAGCGCCCUCGACGGUCUCAGCAAGACCGAGCGACAAGCAGCCGGUGAUGCCGGGGGUGUGGCCAAAUUGAUCUUCAUCUCAGCCUUUAUACCCGACGUCGGCGAGAGCCUGAUCGGGGCCUUUGGCGGGGUUCCUCCCGACUGGUAUGACCGCGAUGAAGCCAACGGCACCGUCAGCGCCGUCAACCCCUAUACCCUCUUCUUCCACGACGUCCCUGAUGGGGAACAAUGGGCCGAGGCCCUUCGUCCGCACGCUUGGGCGACCAAGGUCUCGCCAGCCACCAGCGCCGCCUACACCCGCAUCCCGGGCGCCUAUCUCAUGUGCGAGAACGACCGUGCCAUUCCCCUCUGCGUCCAGCAGCUGAUGAUAGAAAAAGCCCGUGAAAGGGGCGCUCAGAUUACCACGGAGAGCAUCGCCACCGGUCAUUCGCCGUGGCUGGUUGAUCCAGCGCCUGUGGCUGCUUUUCUGCAGCGAAGCAUGGCGUGA